GCUGCUCCACGCACGACCAGUUCGGUUUUUGGCUCUCGUCUCUCGUAGCGUGCGGACGUGCGUUACACCGUUACCUUUGGGCGCGCACGCUGGUGCGCUCUGUGUGUCUCUCCCCCCGCCCCUUCCGUGUGUGAGUGUUCCUUCGUUCGUUCGUUCGGCUGUUUCGUUUCUAAGUUCUAGGGCGCACAAGAAUGUGUCCAGCCCCGCGCUAGGUGUGCGUGUGGCUUAGUGGUGGUGUGAAAAAAAUAAAUACUGCAAACAAAUUUAAGCAACAGUUUUGUGCAGCAAUACAAAAUCACAAGUGAAAAUAAAAAAAUAAAAAAGAGAGAGUGUGCGAGAGAUAGUGAAACAAAAAAAGAAAGAUAGGUUAAGUGUUUUCCGUCAAGGGGUUUACAAACCCCAUCCACAAGUCAGGAUUAGCGGUGAACAUCCGUUUUUAAGCGGGAAUUUCCCUGAGACAGCAACAUCAUCUUGGAAAACAAUACCUUGAGGUUUAGAACAAAAAACCUAAAGCCGGGAACAACAUCGAGUGCCUCUCUGUCUAGUGAGACAGGGUCGGAACACGUAAUAGAUACACACAAAUACACAACCCGGCUACAGAAUGGGUGACAGCACGAUUGGAUCGGUUAGCUUUCUGCAUCUCGGGGACAUUGUGUCCCUGUACUCGGAAGGAAGUGUGUCCGGGUUUCUCAGUACCCUCGGCCUUGUCGAUGAUCGUGUGGUCGUGUGUCCCGGGGCGGGCGAUCUGAACGAUCCGCCGGAAAAGUUUCGUGACUGUCUCAUCAAAAUCUGCCCCAUGAACCGGUACUCCGCCCAGAAGCAGUUCUGGAAGGCGGCCAAACAAAGCACGACAACGAACACCGAUACGAGCCUGCUCAAGCGGUUGCACCACGCGGCCGAAAUAGAGAAGAAACAGAAUGAGUCGGAAAACAAGAAGCUGCUCGGCACGGUCGUCCAGUACGGCAGCGUCGUCCAGCUGUUGCAUCUCAAAUCGAACAAGUACGUCACGGUCAACAUCCGGCUGCCGGCACUGCUCGAGAAGAACGCGAUGCGCGUGUACCUGGACGCGAACGGCAACGAGGGCUCCUGGUUCUACAUCAUGCCGUUCUACAAGCUCCGCUCGGCCGGUGACAAUGUGGUCGUCAGCGAUAAGGUCAUCCUGAAGCCGGUCAAUGCAAACCGGCAAAAUCUGCACGUAGCCGCCACGUACGAGCUGCCGGACAACCCAGGCAGCAAGGAGGUGAACGUGCUGAACUCGUCCACCUCCUGGAAGAUAACGCUGUUCAUGGAGCAGCGCGAAAACCAGGAGGACGUGCUGAAGGGUGGCGACGUGGUGCGGCUGUUUCACGCCGAGCAGGAAAAGUUCCUCACAAUGGACGAGUACAAGAAGCAGCAGCACGUGUUUCUCCGCACCACCGGGCGAAGCAGUGCGACGGCCGCCACCAGCAGCAAGGCGCUGUGGGAGGUGGAGGUCGUCCAGCACGACAGCUGUCGGGGUGGAGCGGGACACUGGAAUUCACUGUUUCGUUUCAAGCAUCUAGCGACCGGGUACUAUCUGGCGGCGGAAAUCGAUGAAGAUAUCUCGCGGACGGAAAAGUCGAGCAGUUCCAGCCACCCACAGGGCGGGGACUCGUUCCGUCUCGUGCCGGUACCACAUUCGACCGACAUUGCGUCAGUGUUUGAGCUCGACUCGACGACCAUCACCCGUCCGGAAGGGCUUGUGCCACAGUCGAGCUACGUGCGGUUACGGCAUCUCUGCUCCAACACCUGGGUACAUGCAACCUCCGUGCCGAUCGAUAUCGACGACGACAAGCCCGUCAUGUCGAAGGUGGGCUGUUCGGCGAUCAAGGAAGACAAGGAAGCGUUUCAGCUCAUCCCGGUAUCGCCGGUCGAGGUGCGUGACCUAGACUUUGCCAACGACGCGUGCAAGCUGCUGCUGGCGAUGAGUACCAAGCUCGAGAACGGCACGAUAUCGUCCAACGAGCGCCGUUCGCUGAUCGCCCUACUCCAAGACAUUGUGUUCUUCAUCGCGGGGCAGGAGAACGAUCAGAACAAAUCGGACGCACUGGAUCUAACGAUCAACAACCCGAACCGCGACCGGCAGAAGCUGCUGCGCGAGCAGUACAUCCUGAAGCAGCUGUUCAAGAUCCUGCAGGGUCCGUUCCAGGAGACGAAGAACAAUGAUGGUCCGUUCCUGAAGAUCGAUGAGCUGGGCGAUCCGAAGAAUGCACCGUUCAAGAACAUCUUCCGGCUGUGCUACCGGAUACUGAAACUGAGUCAGCAGGACUACCGCAAAAAUCAGGAAUACAUUGCGAAACACUUCGGGCUGAUGCAGAAACAGAUCGGGUACGACAUCCUGGCGGAGGAUACGAUCACCGCUCUGCUGCACAACAAUCGGAAGUUGCUGGAGAAGCACAUUACGGCGGCGGAGAUCGAAACGUUCGUGGGGCUGGUACGGAAGAACAUGCAGAGCUGGCAGUCCCGGUUUCUGGACUAUCUGUCCGAUCUGUGCGUGUCGAACAAGAAGGCGAUCGCGGUCACGCAGGAGCUGAUAUGUAAGAGUGUGCUGAGCUCGAAGAAUGCGGACAUACUGAUCGAAACGUUUCUGCGCGAGGUGGACGAUGAUCCGCUCGGGUAUUUGAGUGAGCUGGAGCGAGGCAAUCGGGAGUUUACCGAGAUACGGGAGGUGGAUGAAUCGAGCUCGGGUGUGGAGGGUGAUUCGAAGGGCACCACGAACGGGAAGCGAAAGCUGGACGAGAAGAAGCGCUACGAGGUGGUGCUGAUGUGGACGAAUCGAACGCAAUCAAAAUCCAUGAGUCGGCUAGCCCAAGGGCUCAAGAUCGGGCGUGCAGUGGAUACGGCCAUCCUCGACUACUACCGGCACCAGCUAAACCUGUUCUCGAACAUGUGCCUCAACCGGCAGUACCUCGCACUGAACAACCUCUCGCCGCAUCUCGACAUCGAUCUGAUACUGCGCUGCAUGUCGGACAAGACGGUGCCGUACGAUUUGCGUGCGUCAUUCUGCCGCCUGAUGCUGCACCUGCACGUCGACCGCGACCCCCAGGAACCGGUAACGCCGGUCAAGUAUGCGCGUCUCUGGUCCGAAAUACCAACCGUCAUGUCAAUCAACGAUUACGACAUCGAGAAGCAACUGGACAGCAACAAGGAAGCGGUACGGGCACGGUUCAACAAAACGAUCGCGUUCGUGGAGGACUACCUGUGCAAUCACGUUGUCUCGAAGAUGUGGUUCGCCGACCAGGACCAAAACAAGCUCACGUUCGAGGUGGUGAAGCUGGCGCGCGAUCUCAUCUACUUCGGGUUUUACAGCUUUAGCGAUCUGCUGCGGCUGACCAAAACGCUGCUCAACAUCCUGGACUGCGUGUCGAGCAGUGAGGCGGACGGGACGGGCCUCCCGACUGGCCAUAUCGAUUCAGCAGCAGCAGCGGGGGAACAGGGAACCGCACUGCCCGGGAUUUCGGUGCAGGACGAGGACACUGGCAAGGAGUCGACCGGUCGGAAAGAUUCUAGCGACUCUAGCGCCGGGGGCCUGCUAACGACCGAGUUUGGGCUGCCCAAAAAGCUGAACCGUUCCGCCUCGACCGUGGCCGUGCUGGCCGCCAUCGAGGCGACGAAGAGUGCGGGCAAGUUUCGCUCCGGCAGCAUCCCGGAGGCGAACAUCGGUGGUGGUGGUGGUGGUGGAGUCCCCGGUAGCAAUGAUGGUGGUGCGGAAGGCGGAGUAUUGCGACGCAUUGGUGAUAUGGGUGCCGUCAUGACCUCGCUCACGCUCGGUCCGAUCUCGACCGCAAUCGUGUCGCCCACGAUACAGCACCGCAAGUCCGUUUCUCAGCUCAUGAAAGAGUAUCCGCUCGUGAUGGACACCAAGCUGAAGAUCAUUGAAAUCCUACAGUUCAUUCUGGACGUACGUUUGGACUAUCGCAUUAGCUGCCUGCUGUCCAUAUUCAAGCGCGAGUUUGAUGAGAACGAACAAACGGCAUCGACCGGUGCGGCACUAGCGCCCCCUACCGUAAUUGUUCCCGAAACGCCCACAAUCAUACCGCCCGGUGGUGGAGGCGUUCCCUCUACUUCGAACGACACAACAUCUGCCGCAGUUUCGGUGGUGCUGCCGCCAGCUGACAGUGUGUCGCAGGACGCCAACAGUAGUAUGGGUGGAGAUACAACUUCUGAGGUAUCACUAACGCUGAGCAACACAACGGUUGAAAGCACUACUACCACCAACGCGUCCGAUUCGACCUCGGAAGGGCACGGCACAAUGUCGAGCGAGGGUGGUACUUCCGUGACGGACGGGUUAAGCAGCAGCGUCGGGUCCAAAGCGACCGACACUAGCCUUCCGCCGACGGCGGAGAACAUCAAUUUGCGGCAGAAAAACAUUGACCUUGAAUCGAUCGGCUACCAGGCGGAAGGUAUCUUCGGCUGUACCGAGGACACGUACAAUCCGCUCGAUCUGGACGGGCAAGGUGGACGGACGUUCCUGCGCGUACUGCUACAUCUGAUCAUGCACGAAUAUCCUGCGCUGGUGUCUGGUGCGCUGCAUCUACUAUUUCGCCAUUUCAGCCAGCGGCACGAGGUGCUGCAUGCCUUCCGGCAGGUGCAGCUGCUCGUGUCCGACAGUGAUGUGGAGUCGUACAAGCAGAUCAAGUCCGAUCUGGACGUGCUGCGGCAAAGCGUGGAGAAGUCGGAGCUGUGGGUGUACAAGUCGAAGCAGACGGAUGAUCUGCUGGCCGGUGGUGGAGGGGAAGGUGGUGAAGGAGGCGAUGGUUCCGGGGGCAAAGGUGGUGAGCAGGGUGAGGGAGGAGCUGGAGGUGGUGGUAAAUCGGCAAGCGCUAAGGGUAAGCCGGAGCUCGUGAAGCAAGAAUCGCAGCUUAACUUCGAUCAGGGGCCGGAGCUGAAUCCGGAACAAUCGCAAGAGUACAAGAAGAUACAGCAGAUACUGAUACGCAUGAACAAGCUGUGCAUCACGGCAACCGGGCCGGACGGGUUUGUGAAGCCACGGAAGCACGAGCAGCGCCUACUGCGCAAUGUUGGAGUGCAUACGGUCGUGUUGGACCUGCUGCAGAUUCCGUACGACGAGAAGGACGACUAUCGGAUGAACGAGCUGAUGCGGUUGGCGCACGAGUUCCUGCAAAACUUCUGCCUAGGCAACCAGCAGAACCAGAUACUGCUGCACAAGCAGUUGGAUUUGUUCCUGAAUCCGGGGAUACUGGAGGCGGAAACGGUGUGUGCCAUCUUCAAGGAUAAUCUGAACCUCUGCAAUGAGGUGAGCGAUAAGGUGGUGCAGCACUUUGUGCACUGCAUCGAGAUACACGGCCGGCACGUGGAGUAUCUGAAGUUCCUGCAGACGAUCAUCAAGGCGGAGAAUCAGUUCAUACGCAAGUGUCAGGACAUGGUGAUGCAGGAGCUCGUGAAUGCGGGCGAGGAGGUGCUGGUGUUUUACAACGAUAAGGGGUCGUUCAACUACUUCGUCGAGCUGAUGCGAUCGUACAGCGCGGGUACGCUGGCCGAUCCGAGCCCGCUCAUGUACCAUAUCGAGCUGGUGAAGCUGCUGGCCUGCUGCACGAUGGGCAAGAACGUGUACACCGAGAUCAAGUGCAACAGUUUGCUAGCGCUGGACGAUAUCGUGGCCAUGAUAUCGCACCCGGAUUGUAUUCCCGAGGUGAAGGUAGCGUACGUGGACUUCCUGUGCCACUGCUACAUCGACACGGAGGUGGAGGUGAAGGAGAUCUACUCGUCGAACCAUAUGUGGUGCCUGUUCGAGAAGUCGUUCCUGAUCGAUAUUAACAACGUGGUGAAGGGUGGAUCCUUCACAAACAAGCAGCUGGAGAACUACGUCUGCAACGAGGUGAUGAACAUACUGACGACCUUCUUCAACAGUCAGUUUUCCGACCAGAGCACGGCAUUGCAGAAACGGCAGCUAAUCUUCGUCAAGAUCCUGCAAAACUCCUUCAAACUGACGCAAUGCAAAGGGCUCACACCGUCGCAGCGCUUCAACGUGGAGAACUGCAUCCGCACGCUCUCGGAAAAAGCGAAACCACGCGGCAUCGCCAUCCCGAUCGAUCUCGAGAACCAGGUGGUGAAGAUGUUCAACAAAACGGCAAUGCUUUCGCGCCAAACCAGCAAAUGGCUGCUAGUUACCAAGCAGACCAAGAUGGAACGCUCCCAGUCGCAGAUCAUGCGCAUGGAUCGGAGCAUCAUCGAGGGACUGCAGGACAUUGUGUCGCUGCUGGAGGACAAACUGAAGCCGCUGGUCGAAGCGGAACAGUCGCUGCUGGUAGACAUCCUGUACCGGUCGGAGUUGCUCUUCCCACUGAACACCGAAUCGCGCAAAAAGUGUGAGACCGGUGACUUUAUCCGUCAUCUCAUCAAGCACACCGAAAAGCUGCUGGAAGAAAAGGAGGAAAAGCUGUGCGUGAAGAUACUGAAGACGCUCAAAGAGAUGAUGACGAUCGAUUGUGAUUACGGCGAUAAGGGUGAUCAUUUGCGGACGAUUCUGCUGAAACGUUACUUUGGGAAUGAUUUCACCCUGCAGGCACCGGUGGCAGCACUGCCGGGAGCGGUCGGCCCGGCCGUUUUGCAGCCGGCGAACGUUUCUACGGCUGUUGGGUCACCGAUGGCGAGUGUGUCGCACGGUCCGGGUGCGAAGUAUCUUAUCCGGGCUGGGCGUACCCUGCACGAGGUACAGAACCAUCUCGACAAGGAAGGGGCCAGCGAUCUGGUCAUUGAGCUGGUCAUUAAAUCCAUCAACUCACCGUCGAUCUUCGUCGAAGCGAUCGAGCUGGGCAUUGCGCUACUGGAGGGUGGCAACCCGAUCAUCCAGAAGGGCAUGUACAACAAGUUCCUGAGCAACGAUCUGAGCCAGUCGUUCUUUAAGGUGUUCUUCGACAAGAUGAAGGACGCACAGCAGGAGAUAAAGUCGACCGUCACCGUGAACACGUCCGAUAUGGCGGCGAACAAGGCAAGCGAAAGCAAGGUCGAGGGCAAGGAUCUGGACAAGAUCGGGCAGCGCAAGAACGUGAACAAAGUGAACGGGAUCGUCAUUACGGAGGACUUUAAGGAGGAGCUGCAGAACGCUGCCCUCAUGACGCAACAGUCGUACAUAAACGCGCGCAACCUAGCGGCCGCUUCCGACGGGACGGGUUCCGAUAAUGGAGAUGAAAAUUCGCUCAUGAGCAUUGGCAGCUCGGCACUGGAGGACAUCCUGGCGGAGAAGCUCGAAAAGCACAAAGACAAGGACGAGAACAACAAACUCUCGAACAAGGUGCUGGUGAUGCAGCCGAUCUUACGCUUUCUGCAGCUGCUCUGCGAGAACCACAAUCCGGAGCUGCAGAACCUGCUGCGCAAUCAGAACAACAAGACGAACUAUAAUCUCGUGUCGGAGACGCUCAUGUUUCUGGACUGCAUCUGCGGCUCGACGACGGGUGGGCUGGGAUUGUUGGGGUUGUACAUUAACGAGAACAAUGUGUCGCUGAUCAAUCAGACGCUGGAAACGCUCACCGAGUACUGUCAGGGACCGUGCCAUGAUAAUCAGAACUGCAUUGCGACGCACGAAUCGAACGGGUUGGAUAUUAUUACGGCGCUGAUACUGAACGACAUCAAUCCGCUCGGUAAGAACCGGAUGGAUCUGGUGCUGGAGUUGAAGAACAAUGCGUCGAAGUUGCUGCUGGCGAUCAUGGAGUCGCGCGGGGACAGUGAGAAUGCGGAGCGCAUCCUGGCGAACAUGAACCCGAAGCAGCUGGUGGAGGUGGCGUGCCGGGCGUACCAUCAGGACGAGAACAUACUGAUGCUGCUGAACCAGAGCGAUGGUGGAGGAGGUGGCAGUGGUGUUGGUGGUGGUGGUGGUGGUGGCGGCGGUGCUGGAAGUGGUGCAGGUGGAGUGGAUGAUGGGUAUGGAGGCUUACGGCACGAUCUGGGUGAUGAUGGGCACGAUGAUGAUGAUGUUGGGGUAUCGCCGAAGGAAGUCGGACACAACAUUUACAUCCUGUGCCAUCAGCUGGCCCAGCAUAACAAGGAGUUGGCGGGAUUGCUCAAGAUCGAUACCUACAAUGGUAGUGGUACGGCUGGUAGUAACGCGGCCCCCAUUGUGCCCACCUUCCCAGGCGCUAAUCCGAGCAGCCUCGGAGGUGGACCGCCCAGCAGUGCGAGUGCCAACAGUGCGGCAAGCAAAGCUAACAGCAAAACCAACCAGGCACUGCUCUACUAUCAGACGCACACGGCACAGAUUGAAAUUGUGCGGCACGAUCGAACGCUGGAGCAGAUCGUGUUUCCGAUACCGGAGAUCUGCGAGUACCUGACGAAAGAUACGAAGGUGCGCGUGCUCAAUACGGCCGAGCGGGACGAUCAGGGCAGCAAGGUGGCGGACUUUUUCGACCGGCACGAGGCGAUGUUCAACGAGAUGAAGUGGCAGAAGAAGCUGCGCGGCCAGCCGGCACUUUUCUGGGUCAGCAGCUACAUGUCGCUGUGGAGUAACAUUCUGUUCAAUUUGGCCGUGCUGAUCAACUUGAUUGUGGCGUUUUUCUAUCCGUUUGAAAAUGCUCUACCAGAACUAAGCUUCCAUCUUUCGUCCCUGAUCUGGAUCGUCAUGUUGGUAUCGCUUGCGAUCGUCAUCACGCUACCGCGUCAAUCGGGCAUCAGGACGUUCGUGGUGGCCCUCAUACUGCGGCUCAUCUUUUCCUGCGGUCCCGAACCGACGCUCUGGCUGCUCGGAUGCAUCACCGUCAUCAUGAAGGGUGUGCACAUUAUCAGUCUGAUGGGUAACUACGGUACGCUCGAGAAGCACUUUGUGUCGAUCAUUACCGAUGCGGAGCUGCUCUAUCACUUCUUCUACCUGCUGUUCUGCGUGUUCGGUGUGCUGCUUCAUCCAUUUUUCUUCUCCAUUUUGCUCUUCGAUGUGGUGUACCGUGAAGAAACCCUGCUCAAUGUGAUACGCUCCGUAACGCGAAACGGGCGAUCGAUCAUCUUAACCGCCGUCCUAGCGCUCAUCCUCGUCUACAUGUUCUCCAUCAUUGGGUACAUGUUCUUCCGGGACGAUUUCCUCGUGCCAGUCGAUGAAGAGUACACACCACCGGCCAUUCCCACAGCCGGAGAUGCCGGAUGCACUGGAGAUUCCGCAACCGUCAGCCACAUGGUACCGCCGGACGUAGUGGAGCAGGUAGUGCAGGCAACCUGCUCGAAGCCCCCCGGUACCGCCAGUACCGAGCUAGCCGACGAGGGUGGCGAAAUGAAGGAGCGCGGCUGCGAUUCAAUGAUCAUGUGCAUCAUCACCACCCUCAACCAGGGCCUAAGAAAUGGGGGCGGCAUUGGUGACAUACUGCGCGCGCCAAGCCGUAAGGAGACGCUGUUUGUACCGCGCGUCGUGUACGAUUUGCUGUUCUUCUUCAUCGUCAUCAUCAUUGUGCUGAACCUGAUCUUUGGCGUGAUCAUCGACACGUUCGCCGAUCUGAGAAGCGAGAAGCAGCAGAAGGAGCUCAUCCUGAAGAACACCUGCUUCAUCUGCGGCCUCAACCGGUCCGCGUUCGACAACAAGACGGUCAGCUUCGAGGAGCACAUCAAGAACGAGCACAACAUGUGGCACUAUCUGUACUUUAUCGUGCUGGUAAAGGUGAAGGAUCCGACCGAGUUUACCGGCCCGGAGAGUUACGUGCACGCGAUGGUGAAGGCCAACAUACAGGAUUGGUUCCCGCGACUGCGAGCGAUGUCACUGGCCGCCGUCGAUGGCGAUGGGGAGCAGAUCGAGCUGCGCAGUUUGAAGAAUCUGCUCGAAACGAACCACAUUGCGGUGCGGGAGCUGAUGACGCAGAUCAUGGAGCUGGAGAAUAAGAUGACGGAGCAACGCAAACAGCGGCAAAGACACGCCCUGCUCAACCCAACCACGUCCACAUCGUACCAGUUCUACCCACAGCUCUGAUGCUCGUCGUCCGCCCUGCUCGGUGAGGAUGGCCGGCGCAAGCUGAUGGCCUAAAAAGCAGUGGAAUUGUUCUCGGAACAUUAUUUGUGAUACGGACGGUCCUUUGUGUUUUGUUUUUUGGUCAGUUAGUCUAUUUAAAUGUUAUGUCCUGGAAGAGGAGGAUGCUUCUCUUCGUCCCUGAGUGAGUCGAUCGUUUUGAUAAUGUUUUUUGUUGUUGAUUUUCACCCAUUUUCAAGUUAAACUUAAUGGCGUGUGGUUAUGUUUACCCGCUGCUCAGCGUCCCGAAAGUGAGUGAGUGUGUGAGGAAGAGAAAUUGUUAAUGAUGUAAAAUGAGAGCGAAAGAAAGAGAGAAAGAGAGAGGGUGUACAGUUUAGUCUUUCCUAUAGGCCAAUUUAAACCGUAGCGUGUAGUUGCGUAGAAAGAGCUCUUAAAUGUUGAACGAGCUCAGUAAGUUAAGCUGCAUGUUAUUUAUGGAUUAAUUUUAUAAGCACACAGCGUACACACUCACAAACCGUUUCUUAAAUUGUAAAAUCAAUCACUUCAACAGAUCACUAAAUAAGUAAGCCUUUUAGAAUACAGGAAAACAGUGUUCGAUAAUGAAUGAUUCUAUACGAUAUAUAUGAGUGUGAGUGUGUGGCGAGAGAGAGAGUGUUUUUGUAGCUUUUAGGAGAAAUUGUUUACAUUGUGUUGUUUCUAUAUCGUCGUUUUCUAGCUCUACAAUUUUAGGCGUCGUUGUGAUCCGUACCGUACUUGCACAUUCUCUAAACUCAUUCCUAUGGCACACUAUUUGGUAGGGCGCCGCUACCACUCACUAACCAAACCGUGACUCUUUUGCCGUGAAUCUCUAGAACUUAAUCCCACCCCGUCUCUAGUAGCGCGUUGUUGUUGGCUUUAUGGCCGUUAACCUUAACAGACUGACCUUUUAUACUGUUAGCACACCGUGUUUUUAUAUCCAAUCCCCUAUUGUGCUUUACUAAUUAAUAGCAAAAUCCAUUUCCAAACCCUCUCUGCACUGCGACAACCUCUGUACCGCUGACAAUAAUUGUGAUUGUGAAGAAAAUCCCCCCCCCCCGGUUAGAACUAAUCGCUAAAUCUCUUAGAACCGUUCAUCCCCUUAAGACUCGUGACUUAUUGUACCGUGAAGAAAGUUUAAAAGCAAUUUCUAUACGAAUCUUACCUAUCUAAAACCUAGCAAAUCGUAACGCAAGCAACGAAUAAUCGUUAUAAUAUUGCUGCCAUUCAGUUUUAUAUGCAAUCUGUGCAAUCUUUUGCCGUAACAUCACCUUACUAGAGCGCUAAACCUGUGUGUGUGUUUCUUUGUUAUGAUCUGUUCCUUAAUAUUGUAAUUAUGUUGUAUUCUUCUGUUUGAUUGUUUCGCUUUCUACUCUGUUCCACGACUUUGUUUAUUGUUCCUUUUACGGUUCUUGCUGUGCUUAUCUGUACUGUUUUCGCAACAUAAAAAAAAACAUUGUUGAAGUUCUCUUUAAAGUAUACACGAUAAAAUUUAAUAAAUGAGCACUUCAACACACUUUACUGUUCGUGUAAAUGCGCGAGGCGUGUUAUUAGUGAAAAGAUACAAGGAGGAGAGGAAUUAAGAGUUCUUGUUGUCUUCACCCCGCACGUUUGCUGUUUAGUCAAGCUGCGUUGUAUAUCGUAAAGUACGUUUAAUAAAAGCACGAUUGUUUAUUAAAGCGAAAAAAGGGGGUUAAAAAAUAAGAUAAAAUGGAAAAUACAUACCGCAAAGAGAUGAGAAAAUAAGACACAGUUUCAAAAACUCCCAAAAUUACUUUACGUUGCCACGUGAUACAUAUGAGCGAAAUCAAACUAGUGAAAAGAAACGUUGCAAGGAGCAGAACUCAAAAACAGACAGAGGGAUUGAACUAAAGAAUGAAAAAAAAAAAACAAGCACAUAAUAGACUCAGAAGUGAAUAGUUUGUUAAAAGUAGAGCAAACAAUGCCUGCAGCAGCUCACCUUAAAUAUAAACUCAAAACAGGAAAGCAUUACACUUUAGACUAGAGAGCAAAGCAAAAUAGAUAUGUGACACUUAGUGAACGGUGGUAUGUCAAACAAAGCAA